AUGGAAGGAGCACAGGAGGAUGCCAAGGGGGAAGAUGCUGAAGGGACAUCAUGCCUGGAGGGUGCUGGCUCCCCAGCACCACCUGAGCCCCAGGACAACAGGCAAGAUGGCUUUGCCAGCUUGGUGUGGGAAGCUGUGCCAGGGAUGCUCUUCCAGGAGGACAGGCAGAGCAGCCUUCACCCCCUUAGCCUGUCCUGGGUGCUGGGCUACAACAGCAGCCUGGCUGUGCACAGCCUGAUGGACGGGGAGGACCGGGUGCUCCUGUACAUCUCCUCUCACACAUUGGUUAUCCACGAUGUCCUGCGGAACAGGCAGUACCACCUGCAGGGCCACAUAAAUACCAUUUCCUGCCUGUGUGUGAGUGAAGACAGGCGCUGGGUUGCAAGUGCUGAUCGAGGGCCUGAUGCUCUGAUCAUCGUGUGGGAUUCCUUCUCCGGGAUACCAGUGCACACCAUCUUUGGGAGCCAUCCGGAGGAGGGGGUCAGUGCUAUUGCCAUUUCCCAGGAUGCGAAGCAUUUGGCAACCAUUAGCACCGGAGCAGUGCAGAGGGUUUGUGUUUGGAAGUGGACUUUGCCCACAGAGAAGCCCCUGUGCAGUACAGAGCUGAGGCCUGACUUUGGGUAUCAGGAUUAUGUCCUUUUUAACCCUCAGAACCCCCAUGAGUUCAUCAGCAACAGCAAAACCCAGGUGAUAUUUUACCUGUGGGGCAGUGAUGGUCUGCAGUAUGGAGCUCCAGUCCUGAGCACACAGACCUUCAAGGCCGUAGUCGGACGCUUCAGCCAGUCCGUUUUCCAUUUCAACACCACACAAGCUCUGACGGGCACCUCGGCCGGGAAGCUGGUGGUGUGGGACCACACGGACCCCUAUGCCUGCCCGCAGGAACAGCGGGACAAGCCACACAGCAUGAGGGCCACCAAAGUGGUAUCUCUGCAGGAGGAGAGCAUCACUGUGCUCACGGUGCUUGAGAGCUUCAUAGUAACGGGGGAUGUGAAAGGUCAGAUUAAGUUCUACAACGGGAGGCUGCAGUUCCUCACCUGCUACAGCCACAGCAAAGCGGGGUCCAUUCGGUCCAUCUCCUUCUGCAAACCCCAUCCUGGUCCUGUCGGUGCCGCCUCCUGCACCGCCUGCACCCAGCCCUUCACCCCCAGGAACUUUAUCCUUUCAACCUCUGAUGCAACCGUGUUCCGUGUUGCAACAGAUGGGAUGAGCUUUGAGAAACUCAUGGAAGAGGCAAAGCAAGCAGUGAAUGCCAUCGCCUGUCACCCCCGGCAGGCAUGCCUGGCCCUGGGGAGUCACUGUGGGCUGCUGAAGGUGUGGGACUAUGAGCAGAGAGAGUACCUGGUCAGCAGGAUAUUCCCUGAGGCCAGCAUCCAGUGCUUGUCCUAUGACCCUGAAGGUUAUUUUCUGGCCGCUGGUUUCACCAAUGGAAGUGUUCACAUCCUCGAUGCCAUUUCCCUUCAGUCCUGCUGCAAAGAGCUCAGGUUCUCGCAGGGUCCCGUGACUCACGUCAGCUUCUCUCAUGACUCCGAGUACUUCGCAACCGCUGAUGAGACAUACACGGUGACUGUUUACAAGAGAGUCCUGCAAAACGGGAGCAGAUGCUGGGAACACUUUGCAGAGCUGUGCUCCCACUACAAACCCAUCCGCAGCAUCCUCUUUGGGGUCCAGUUAGACAGCAAUGAGCCCAGGCUCCUGAGCCUUGGGGAGGACCGGCACCUGGUUGAAUAUGACCUGAACACCAGCAGCAAGGGCCACUUGGAGGUCUUGCACAGGAACCGGAUAGAGCAGAUUGCUGUGCCCCUGUGCUUGGCCUGGUACCCACAGCUCAGCAACGAGUCCUUUAUCCUCACAGCCAACAGCUGCUACAAAAUGAAGCUCUACAACACGACCACCAAAUUGUGCAGGAAGACCCUUUUGGGACCAACCUACGGCUCCCCCCUGGAGAAGAUCCAAAUCCUCCCAACAACAAGCACUGCAGACCCCCAGAAACACUACCUGGCGUACAUUACAAAGGACAAGGUGGGCUUGCAGAUUCUGCCUGUUGAUGGCAAUCAGCACAAGUCCUCAGCUUUCAUCUGCCACCCGGAUGGUGCCUCUGACUUUGCUACCUCCUAUGAUGGACGCUACAUCUUUACAGUGGGGGGAAAUGACUGCACUCUUAUGAAAUGGGAGAUCAACCUAAAUGCCUUGGAUGCUGCUGUUUCCCUUGGUGGGAAGGACAUGAUCCCAUUCUACAGCCUACUGGAGGGUGGCAGAGAAGGCGAAUUCUUCCAGGAACUGGAAGACUAUUUUUACUAUGCACAGCUGCACAGCCAAGGUAUUGAUACACUGGAGACCAGGCGGGUGUCAACACAUAUUCCCUUGGAGGAAAUUCCUUCUGUAAUGAGAGCAAUGGGGUUUUAUCCAUCAGAGAAAGAGAUUGAAGAAAUGCUAAAUGAAGUCAAAUUCAGCAACUAUGUGGAUACUGGAGAACAAGUGACAAAAAUCAACUUAGAGGAUUUUAUCAAACUUUAUGUAAAUCAUCGACCUGCUUUUGGCUUGUCAAUGAACAAAAUACAACAAGCGUUUCGGGUUCUUGGUUAUGAUAAUGAGAAUGGGGACAAAGUUAUUGACAGAGGAGACUUACUGUGGCUGCUUCAGUGCAGAGGAGAGCGUAUGACAGAGGAUGAGCUGGCACUGUGUCUGACCACUCUGCUGGGCAAGCGUCCUGGGGGAAAAGGAUCUGAACUGGACACCUCAGGUGAAGCAGCUUUGACUGAAGAAGAAAUUCCAUCAGAAAUCACAGCAGAGAUGUUUGCUGCUGACAUUCUUGGCUUACCUAUUGCUGAACCAGAAAAAAGAACAGGAAAAACGAGAGAUGAGUCUUUGAUAUAUGAAGACUCAAAAUCAUAA